AUGCCCGCAGAUGACCAGCCGACUCGUGAAGAGAUCGAAGCAGCCCGAGUCGCUGCGAUGACCGCCGGCAAGACUGACAACGGUGACAAUGCUGAAGGAUCCGCUAAGUGGAAGGACUCUGGUGCCCCUGCGUGUUCUUCCCAAACCAUCACCGACCUAUCGAGUGGGCUGGCAGCCUUCCUUCAAAUGAGUCAAGACGGUACCAACAAACAGAACAAGUCCAUCCCCAAUCUUGAAGCCCUUCUCAGUGGCACUCCCUACCUUAGGGUAUGUGCCACGACCUCCAUCCCGAAGACUCACUGGUCAGAGUUCAUGCGAGUUGUCUGA